GGGUCAGGGUCUGUGCGGGUCAGGGUUCCUCCUCUCCCCACCAGAGGGCAGCAGAGGAGCACAGAUGGCGGCUGCAGCUCUGCUCUCAAACAGCGGACUCUGCGUUAGUGCAGGAAAUGUGCGCAGCGUGCUGGGACAGUCGGCAGCACAGGUUCACGUGCAGCUUCUGAUUUCCUCCAUGAUGUCUGUAGUUUAAAACGAGUCUCGGGUCUCUCAGUGUCCCUCCUGACGGACUGGAGCUGCCGCGUUUCCUGUGGCCAUCAGUCCCACUGUUUCUAAUUGGAUGGGGAAGCACCCCCCCCUCCUGCUCUCCUCCUCCUCCUCCUCCUCUCCGGGUUAUUGUCACUGACAGUCGGAUUAUUCCCUCCCAGCAGCAGCCUGCUUCCUCUCAUCCUCCUCUCGGUCCACGAUGCGGGCUCCAGCUCAGGAUCUCUAAGUCGUCCAUCUCUCCUCCUCUCCACGGACUGUCCCAGUGAUGACGCCACGUCCACAGAUCUGAGCCUUCAGGUUGAGCUGAAAGAAGCAGGACCCCGACACCGGCUCCUAGUACCGUCCCACCGUCCACCCCCAAACCCAACCUCCCCUCGCCCCUCUCACAGCUCCAGGGCUCUCCAGGGGUUCCUCUCCGGGUUCUCCAACGGGUUCUCUGUGGUGUUCUGGAAAGCUCCAUACGCCUCGGGGCCUCGGACCUUCAUGCGUCUCCCAGCGACAGAGUCCACCCACACCUCCACCCACCACACCACCACCACCGCCGCCAUGAACUGUGAGCAGGAGUUUGGAGACGGGGCCAUGGGAGUCACUCUCACGCUGCGCCUCCUCAUGCACGGAAAGGAAGUAGGAAGCAUUAUCGGCAAGAAAGGGGAAACAGUGAAGAGAAUACGAGAAGAGAGCAGUGCGAGGAUCAACAUCUCAGAAGGCUCCUGUCCAGAGAGGAUCAUCACCAUCACGGGUCAGACGGACUGUGUGUUCAGAGCCUUCACCAUGAUCACGUUCAAACUGGAGGAGGACCUGGCAGCCUUGGUAGCCAACGGCACAGUGACCAGCAAGCCUCCGGUCACCUUACGACUGGUCAUCCCGGCCAGCCAGUGCGGCUCCCUCAUCGGCAAGGGCGGCUCCAAGAUCAAGGAGAUCAGAGAGACGACAGGUGCCCAGGUGCAGGUGGCAGGUGACCUCCUCCCCAACUCCACAGAGAGAGAGGUGACGAUAUCAGGGAGCCAGGACGCCAUCAUCCAAUGCGUGAAACUCAUCUGCACUGUGAUCCUAGAGUCGCCGCCGAAGGGAGCGACUAUUCCAUACCGACCCAGCCCGAGCCCGGGAACUGUGCUGCUGGCAGGAAACCAGGUAUUCGAGGCGUCAGACUUUGGCUCUCACCCCCUGUUCUCAGUGACGCAGGGAGGAGUGGACCUGCAGCAAACGUACGCAGUCCAGAGUCACUACGGCAUUCCACAUUCAGAGCUGGCGAAGCUCCACCAGCUGUCCAUGCAGCAGCAGGGCCUGGCCCCCAUCAGCCAAUCAGCUGCACAGGUCCUACCAGGAGGGCUGGACAGUUCCCAAACCACGUCUCAGGAGCUCCUCAUUCCAAACGACCUGAUUGGCUCAAUCAUCGGUCGCCAGGGCACCAAGAUCAACGAGAUCCGGCAGGUAUCGGGGGCUCAGAUCAAGAUCGGCAGUCAGAUUGACAGCACCAGUGACCGUCACGUCACCAUCACCGGCACACCGAUAGCCAUCAACCUGGCUCAGUACCUGAUCACCUCAUGUUUAGAGACCGCCAAAUCCACCGCCCAGUCCUCCUCCAUGCCGUCUCCCGUUGACCUGACCAUGAGCUUCACCCAGCCCGCCCCCCCUGUCUCCGCCUCGUCCUCCUCCUCCUCCCCCCUGGCAGCGAUGGGCGCCCCACUGUCCCAUGCUCCCAUGCUGGGCGCUCCCUACGCCCUCCCCCUCUCCAGCCUCCUGGGGAUGAAAUCCAUCCCUUACCUGGCACUCUCCACCCCUCCUGGUUCAGCGGCGGCGGCCAUCGGGGCUCCCAUGUUGCCGGGUUCGAUGCAGACGGCGGGCGUUCCGGUCCAGGCUCACGCAGCGGCAGCUCUGGCGUCCUACACGGCCAAGAUCUCGUCCUCCGCCAACGGGAUGAAGAAGCCGGAGAGACAGAAGUUUGCGCCGUACUAAAGACGGCGGCGGCAUGAAAGGAUGAGUUCGCAUCACUGAGGUAGCUUCUGGGACUGAGGCUGGUUUUCAGAUGGAAGGGCAGUUUUAUUUUCUCUCUCCUUAUCACUCUCUCUUUCUCACUCCUUCCUCUGCCGCCCCGUCUCUUAUUCCUUUCUUCUUGAUCACUCAAAAAUUUCAAAGUGGGAUAAUUGGAACACGGAUGAUUUCAGACGUGAAGCAGCGAACAGGGUUUGUCCGAGCAGCGCUGCACGGUGCGAGUCUUGGUUCACCGUGGUCGGCCCUGCACCUGCUGUGGAAACAUGUCGUCUCGGCACAGAACUUGUUGCUUUAGUUAAAUCAGAGCCUACAGAAGUCAACUCAGAACCUGCUGCCAAACUCUGUUAACUGAUCCCAGCCAAGAGCUCUGUGUGACGUCCAGACACCAAGCUGCAGAGGCUCAUGGGUAAUCAGAAAUGCAGUGAAGGGGGGUUAAAUGUUCACGCUGAUGUCUGUCUGAGCUCCAGAACAAACAGAAGUUAAAGAGUAAUUCUCUCCAUCUUGCUUUCUUGACCUUUUCUGUCUUUGAGCUCUUAAAUGAGACGGGACUAAAAUAUCCGGCGUCCGAUCACAUGUUCUCAUAAUGCUGACGGUCAGCGCUGAUUAUUAGGCCGCAUGUGGGAUAUUUAUUACUUUUCAUUUCUCACUGGUGAUAAAAAAUGUGCGCAAGCAGAGAAUCCUGUCCGGCAGCUUCUUAAAGAUGAUGGAUCACUAAACCCAGCCGGCGUGAUGCUUUGUUUUGGUGUUUAGCGUCGCUCAUGCAUGAAAGCUGCACUGGGUUAAUAAGCCGCUCAGGGUCGCGGACUCCUCUCUGCUUCCCCAGUGGAGAUAAGUUGUCUUCAACACAGCCAUAACUCAGAACGUGGGCUCACGGGGCCACAGAGCGCAUCAGCUGACAUCUGCUGGGGAGUUAACUUUCCUUCCUGCGCAGACAAACCCACGUUCAUGUCUUUGAGUGCAGCCUGCAGAAACAGCGAGCUCGCGGUGAAAUGGACCGUGACGUGUGCACCCAGAGACAUGAAGACAGCAUCAAGCUCUCCAGCAGGUCUGAGCGUUUCAGGCUUUCACGUCGUCGUCGUCGUCGUCUUCCAAUAAUCCCACUUUGCGUCUCAGUAAAAGACGCUUUUGUUGGACUUGUGUUGGUGACUCUGCAGCUCUGCCCUCGUCGGAGCAACUCUUUGGAGCUCCUGUGUGAUGAAACUGAUAUUAAAGGUCGUUUGGGCCACAAAGCCUGUAAAAGCCAUAGAGACUAUUCAGCUUUCCCCUCCUCGUCUGGUUCCUGCUCUCUUUUGUCCUUAUGCUCUUGUAUACUCUCGUAUUUAUUGACUAAUAUUCCCUCAGAGUUUCUAUCACUGGUCACUAACACUGAGCCGAACGACUCGGCUUUUGUAUACAAAGAUGUCGACUUGUAUUUGACUACUUCCUUUCUGCUUCCUGUCUCGGUUUUUCUUUACUCGUGGUAUUUGUUGUAUAGAGUUUUUAAACACACAUACUAGAUUUAAAGACGUCUGUACUUGUUUUUGUUCACAAUUCUCAUUUGAAAUGUGUUUAAAUUAUUUUUUAACUUAUUAAAAAGGAGGAUUACAUUUAUAGUUGUAGAAAAACCAACGUGGCUGCAGGUCAUUACUGUAAAACUAGAUCUGAGGCUUGUUUUUUUUUAGUUGUGUGAACACAAAAAAAAUACUGAUCACUGUAAUGGUAAUAACCCGAUGUUUCUGUUAGAGUAGUGUUUUCACUCGUGAGCUCAAACUGGACGUUUUACCACACACACCUUCUAACUGUCGGCGCUGCUUCUCAGCUUUCAGCAUCCACGGAACUACAAGUACAACCGCCGCUUCCUGCGACACAUAACUCUUGUGUCCUGGUGUAAAGGAGCUUCAGGUGCUGUGGCGGCUGCAGUUUACAGAAACAAUCAGAAAUAAGUGCAGCGAGGAGCUUUGGUGAAGUUAUUCAGUGCUGUUAAUCACUGUCAGCUGUUGGCAGAUACUUCAGGGACACGCUGUGAUAAGAUGCGGCUCAAAUCUGGCUUUUCCUGGAGGUUUACCAGACGAAUCCAUCACUCACUCACUCACAGUGUCACAGAUGAAAGCAACAUGUCGCGCUGUAAAAGUACAGCAAUCCAUCAGAAAGACCUGAUCAUAGAUAUAAACCUGGUAGAAAAGGGGCCUUCAGGUGCCGACAUUAAACCAGCUACUAAUUAGCCAAAACCAAAAUAUCAGUAAGCUCCCGCAGCAGCCUGCUGUGACUCACAUUUACACUUUCAUUCAGUCUGCUAAUGACCACACGUUCACGAGCAGUGGCAGGCUGCAGACACACGGAGCCCUGUAAACGUUAUGCAUUGAUAUUAUUAGCAGUCUGCUGGUGACGUUAGUUCCUGUUUAGUUUUCAUUGAUUUGUAGUAAAGAACCAAACAAACCUCUGGACAUUUUUAUAAAAAUAUCUGUUUCUUUCACAGAAAAUAAUGAGAUAAAUACUGGUACCAAAAUCAAUAAUGGUAACAGCACACCUGCAGCUAACCAUUCGUGUCAUAGAUGUUAUUAAGUCGAUUAUUUUACCGUCACACAGGAGCAAAGAAUCCAGAAAAUAUUUAAGAAGCUGGAAUCAGAGAAUUCUCCUUAAUAAAAUGACUCAAACCGAUGAAUCGAUUAUCAAAAUAGUUUCCAACUAAUUUAACGGUUGCAGCUGUAAUGCAGGGCUGCUACACUUCAGUAAAGAAUAAUCAGAGGACUUCAGAAGUGUUGAUCCCAGCUGAUGGAGAAGCGGAUCAGGACCGCGGUUCUUGAGCUUGCUGUGGUUCUGUGUGCGUGUGAAGGCAGAAAGCAGCGCUGGUUUUCCUUCUGUUUCUCCAGCUGACCUGACGCUCAGCUCGGUUUACGGUCCUGCAGGGGGGGCGGAGACUAAUGCUGCAUGUUUGCUUGGCCUCACUAACACACACACACAGAUACAUGUAAAUACACACAUAAAGAUGAUUAAAGUGGUGGAACACACACACACACACAGGCCCGGUCGCUGCACUGACUCCUCCUCACUGACGCCGUGAACUCAAAGCAAUACUGAACAGAGCCGGAUGAGUAGCAUCACACAGGCAGGCAAAUAUACGUGUGUGUACUUUUCAGCUGUACAUGAAUAUUUAAGUCGAUGCAUUCGAGUUCUCUGUUCCUUUAGUUUGGUUUCAAAAGUGCUGAUGAUAACAACGUGGUAUAUUAAACCAGCUCACUUAUUUUUAUAAAGUCAGAUAACCUUGUUGAUGAACUGAAUUUAACUGUUGGAUCGCGUCACCCGUCCGUCUUUCAUUUCAUGUCUUCCCGCUCACUGUCCUCGCGUCUCUCGACCAUUUGCAUGAGUCCGACUUGAAAUGACGUCUAUGCAAAAACGUGUGUGUGUGUGGUUCAGCUCAGUGGUCUGUGUGUGGGUUCACCUGGAGGCUGAAGUGCAGCUGAAAGCAAAGGGCUACGGUGGACGCAACACAUCCGCCCUGAUGAUCGACUCACCGUUCGUUUACAAAUGGAGAGAACCGGUUCUGAAGAACACAGCUGCAGGUCGGAAGCAGGGCAGAACUCGGGAAUAUAAAACGAACAAUGUGUUCUUACCAAAAUGCUAACAUAGAUCUGAAGCGGCUGAAUAACCUGAUAAUAAUAAUUUUAAUACGUUUAAUUAGGAGAUUCUACCGAGGACGCGUCUCACGCUCCUCACGUCCAUCUUUGGUCGGGUUCAGACUCAAACAGGUCUAACUUGCACCUCCUCCUUACAGAGACUUUGUUGCGUGUUAUACCAGGUCACCUGACUUCUUCUGCCUCUAGAGGCCUGACAGAAAAACCUAAAUCUGGGUCGUAAGAAGCUGCCCGGCCGUUUCUCUGCUGAGGACGGGCUGGCUCUGCAGGUUUGUGGACUUGUUCAGUAAAGAAACGCAGCAGAAGCCCUGAGACGGAUUGAAUCAGGAGGCUAUCCUGACUUUUAGACCGAUUCUGUAUUUAGAGAAGUCGUUUCCCACCACAACUACAUCAUCUAAAUCGUCUGCGAUGGUUUUCUUCCUUUUUAAGCUUCAUUGUUGACUUUGGAAAAAGCAAGAAGGAGAAGAAUAGUCCACCUACUGGUCACAUGGGCUGUGUUCACAACAGAAGGCGUCGCUGCCGUAACACACAGGAGCCUCAGAAGGCCGCACUCUCGGGUGAAGGCGACAGAAAGCAAUCUGCAAAUGUGCAAAAAACCUUUUGUGUGUAGAAGUCAGUCUGUAUUUUUGUGGAUAAGAUUUUACACAUCACAAAUGUAAAAAUACAUGUUUGUAGAUAGUGAAAUAUUUGAGCAUUAAUAUUUGUGGAUUGUUUUCUGUGGGUAUUAAAGUCCAAUAAAAUCUUCCAUAGCCGUCCUGCUAGACGCCUUCUGAGACGGCAGUUUUAGUCGUUUUGAACGCGUGAUGAUAACUGAACCACCUCCACGGCAGCCGAGCGAACGCCACCUGCUGACGGGGAGGCCUACGAGACGCAAGUCAGUGCGCCAGAAAAACACGGGCGUUUCAUUUUAUUUGUUGUUAAAUGUUUUAAUGUCGUCGACUGUAAAUUCAUUUUUAACAUAAAAACACCUUCACUGAAGAGACGACUGUAAACACAUUUAAUCUGCGUGGAUACGAAUGACGAGUUCAGCUGCGUUCCGUUUGCUUUGGAAGUCAGAGGUCGGAGCUGGGAAUGACCGUGCUCCACUACAACAACAGAUGACCUCCGACUUUCUGACUUAAGACGCAGUUACAGUUGAAAUUUCGAACGCCAAAUUUGCGACUCCCCAAGUUAAACGGAACGCAGCAUUAGCGUCCCUCGGCUAGAGAAAUAUAAAAUAUUACCAGUGGAAGUUCUGGAUAUUCAUCAGUCAUUGUUCCUGAAACUAGAAUAAACAGAGAAGCUGUAGCUUAUUGACUGAAUGAAGAGGACUCAGUCUGGGUGAAGCUGAACUAAUCACGCUCGCUGUUGUGGAAACAUGAAUUCAACCUCUGGUCUGAUUUUUAAUGAACACAUUUCAGAACGGCGUGCAGAGUUUACUGAUUAACGGCCGCUUCUCCUGCGCUCUCUGUGAGUCUGAAGUCCUGAACGCUGUGCAGGUGUGUCUGUUGGUCAGGAAACGCUCGUCAGGGCUCAUGUGUUGCAGGAAUCAGACCCUCAGGACAGAAAGACUUCACUGUGUAACGCCGCUCUCGUUCCAGUUUGUACUACAGAUGAACACACACACUCACUCCGAACCACCUGCAGAACAAACGAGUCCGGUUCUGAAUAACGUAUUGCACUUAAACAUAAAAAAUCCAUUAUGACCAGAUAUUCUGCAUAUGAAGUGCUACCAUCUCUGUGUUUUAAUUUGUCCGUCCCUGUGACGGUGGGAGGUUUGCACUCUGUAUAUCAGCCUGAUGUGUUUGUGACUCUCUGUUUUCUUUCCAUUCAUGUCAUGUCCUAAUAAAUAAAAACCUCACUGAAAACACCGCA